AUGUUAAAAAAUUUGGACAACGUUGAUGAACUCAUGGCUGUGUCCUACUUGGCUGGACCAUUCAUUGUAAACCUGUUCAAAAUGUUGACAAUAUACAAGAACAUGGAUCGCAUUAAAGUGUUGAUGAGGAAAUUAAAUGAUCCAUUGUUCCAGCCAAAUUCCAAAAAACAGUUCGAGAUCGCGAUGAAAACCAAAAAGUUUCAUAGGAAUUUUUUUUAUUUGUGUUUGUAUCUUGGCGUGCAAACUUAUUUAUGUUUCAUGAUACUGCCUUUUUUGAGGGAGAAGAAAACCAUACCAACUCAAGGCUGGUUUCCAUUUGAAUACGACCACUCUCCAAACUACGAAGCGGUCUACUUAUUCCAAAAUUGCGUGGUCCUAUGGAACGAUAUAAUCUGUCUCAAUCUAGAUACUUUUUCGUCUGGUUUGCUAAUGCAGAUCAGUAUGCAAUGCGAUUAUCUGUGUAAUAGUUUGAAUAAUCUUUCAUCCUACAGAGCAAAAGAUGGAAUUUUAAUAAUCAAAGAGGAUGCCGGUUUCAAAAUGAGAAUGGCAAGUUCUGAAUUCAGCCAAGCUAUGAUGGAGAAUUUAAUUAUUUGUAUCCAGCAUCAUAAGAAGAUUAAAAGGUAG